CAUCUAGAGAUCAGACAUCCAGAGAAAAAUAUGCAACAAAACAUGACAAUGCACCAGAUAUUUUUUGUGAUGCUUUUGUGUAUGGCAUUGUCUGAAGGGAGUCGCGAUGUCAAUGGGACUGAGGUUUUGGAGGGAAAAAGUGAGGUGUUAUCGCGAAGGAAGAGGUUUAUUAUAUUUCCUGAAGGCAGUUCGUUUCAGUUGGUAUUCUGCACAACGUAUCCGAUGUUAACUAUGAUUGGUGACAUAUUCCUCUACGGGAACACUGCUGCUCUGGCCUGGGAACUCCCACAAGACCCUUAUUCCCCCUUCAACCACCGCGCCGAUCCCUUACAUCGUAGGGUCGACUCCAAAGUCAUCUACUACACCAAUGAUGAUGGAAGAAUUUUGUACAAGCGACCUUAUAAAAGGAAACCCAUAGUGAAUCCAGCGUUCGCCAAACGCAGCGUGGACUCUGCAAACACCGACCAAAUCGUAAAAAGUGUAGAAAAUUUUAAAAUAGACAGGAAACAGAUGCAUGGCUCGAAAAAUAACCGCUGGUUUUUGAAUAGCUCGGGACCGAGCGACCGACUGCACAGGAGUAGUAGGCUUUCGUUAUACCAGAAAAUCGAAACCAUGCUACGAGGCCUAGGCACGGAUGGAAAGCAGUGCCUGUUAAAAACUUUAUGCGUGAUUGGCAAGACGAACAAUGAUCCCCAGGGAACAUUUCUACAGGAGAUAUUGAGAGCUGUCUUCUCACUGCCCAAAGGAGCCACCGAGGAGGUAUACAGGGAAUACGAAGCAGCCCAUUAUGCAUCAGAGUCCUGCGAUGCUCUAUUUCCUGAAUGCAACGAGGCUCCGCUUGAGUCAAAUUCGCCUAUUUUAAGCUACUAGUUAUUUAUGGCUUCACAUGAGUUACCAGUGACGGGUUUGUUUAUUGUAGUUAAGUGUGAACAGUGUAAUGUAAUGCAAAAUAUAAUUUUCUUAUUUAAAUCCUAUGCAAGGUAUGCUAAGUGCUAAGUAUAGAGUGCAAGCUCUGAAGUAUUUUAUGAAAUGUUCACGUAAUGAUUUAAUGGAGUGAUUUCGUCGAUAUUACAUUAUAGAUGCAAUAAAUGUAUUACGCACUUUCUGCGCAUGACCUUAUCCAGAUAAGUAUAUAAUAUUGACAAAAUCACUGCAUUGAAUAAUUAGAUCAACUUUUUAAAAGAUUGCUCAGAACUUGCAUGCGGGCUGUAUAAUGCGUCUAAAAGGACCGGGCUGUAUUAGACGUAGAAAAUUUCGCGAUAUUUCUUUUCGCGCAAAUUUAUUAUUUCUUUAUUUAUAAUAAAGUAAUUAGCCGAUGUCUGUACAUUAACGAUAUUGAAGUAAAACAUGGGGGUUUUUAUUAGAGAGUUUUUUGUAUUUUUGUCUGUUUGGAUGUUUCUACAUGCAUCACGCAAAACUAAUUCAUGUAUUUGAGUGCACUUUUCACCGAUGUAUUGCUAGAAGUCUAAAUUAAAAUAUAGGGUUAAUUUUAUCUCAAGAAAAUAUAAAGCGGGACUUUGAUACUGGCAAAACUUAUUUACGGAGGCGGAGCUGCUAGCAAAAGCUGGUUUGCAUAUAAUAUGUAGUAUGUACACAACGGAUUUUCGAUCUUAGAGAACGGAAUAAAUACUGCCGUGUCUUUAGCAUUUUACAAUAUUUGGCUGACGUUUUCUUUUUUCACCGUCGUUCGCAGUAAACGUUUGAAAUUGCAUGUUUUAAAUAAUAUAUACGAUUAAAUACUAUUAUUGAUCAACAGUGUAAUAGAUAUUACUGAUCAUAUUUUGAUAUUGUUACCGUUUUUACAGGAAUUUAUCAUAUUUUGCUCCUUUACAAAGAGAUAUACAGAAUAAUCUAUAGGAUUUAAUUUUCAUAAGGUCUCACAGUACACAGAUUGUUACCAUUGACGGGUUAAAAUAAUUCAUACCUCCUAGUUUGUAACAGAAUUGAAUUUUAAUAUGAUGUUUUUGAAUGAUAGAAUAUUGCCAUUACUUUUGUUGAUAGAAUUCGAUUUAUUUAUUCGUAAUAUACUAUAUUAGGAACAUAAAUUGCUAGGGCUUGCAUCGUUAAUAUACUAUUCAUGUAUUUCAUAAGCUUGCUUAAGUUAUGGGCUACACUGCACUUUGAUAAAUAUCGCGAAUUAUUUUUGAUCAUUUAAAUGACAAUGCAACCACCGCCAUUUUUAAUUAUAAAAAUGGCGGCUAUGUAUCAAAAUCGCUCGAUUUUAUCGCAGUGUACGGUCUCCCUAAUCUACGUAUAUUUGAUGCCAUCGCGAAGGAAAGAACCGCAAUCGAUCGGUUAGAUUACCAUAAACUGAUUUGGAAAAUUACGUUUGCGAUGACGUCUCAUAUCCAAAACAAGAUUUAAAGACGCCUUGACUUUACUUGAGGAGUUUUUAUCUUGUUAUAUUAUUAUUAUAUUUUACUUUUUUUUCCUAUAACAAGUUAUAUAGAUUGAAAUAAAACUAUUUACGGAUUGUGUCCGUGUCGCGGCCGAUGAACGCUGCAGUCUUCGAAACAUCGGAAGAAAAUAAUAAUCUAUACCGCGAUAAAAUCCGUAAAUAGUUUAAUUCCAAUGUCUAACAUUCGCGUAAACAUAAGAAAUCGUAAUAAAGAUGAAUUUAUACCUCUGAUUUUACCUCAUCUGAAUUACCACCAAGUAGCUUACAAGCAUUUUUUUGUAUCCAAUACUAAGUAUUCAAUAAAAAGGCAGUGAUAGAAGAAACAAUUGAAAGUAGAGAUUUAAUUGUACAAUUUUGUUGGUUAUAAUGUGAUUUUUUUUUAAUAAUGUAUGUUUAAAAGCUACAAUGUAUACAAUACAAAAAUAUUAUAUUUUAAUAAUUAUAAUAUUAUAAUAAUAUAUGAUUACUGUUCUUUCAAAGGAAAAUCAGUGUUAAUUUUCGUUAUCAAAAAAUUGAGUUAUACGAUUUAUCUUCAACCGACGAUCGAUGUUUGCCCCUGGGUUAAAGUGAAUGUAGAGGGGCGGACAAAUCACCGCGAACAAAGUGACAUAACUCAAGCUUUUAUGUUUUACAUUUUUUCAUAUGAAACAAACGCAUUUUAUUUUUUUACAUUAUCAUUAGUUUAAAUGAUUGCAAUUAUUAGAGAACUACAGUAAGAUUUGUCUGCUAGGGGAUUAGAAAAUAAAAGCCCUAUUAAAAAUAACAUAUUGUCACAAA